AUGAUAACAACACCGUCUCUUACGUCAAGAGUGAGGAAAACCUUGUUAACAUCGUCGAUGUACCGGAAACUGCUUUUACAGAGAGCUACAACUAUACUGACUUACCGUGUUAUGUGGACCAAGUAGAAAACACCGAAACCUCCACCUUAGAACAAGAGAAACUCACAACAACGGAAAGAUGGAAAGACGUUACAACGACAGAAAAGGGGAAACAAGAAACACAAACAAGUUAUGGGGAUCAAGUAGGAAAAGCCGAAACCUCAACCAAGGAACCGGGGCAACCCACAACAAUGGAAAAUGGGAAAGACGCAUCGACGACGGAGAGGGGAAAACAAGAUACAAAGACAGGCAGUGAUGACAACCAGAUAGAGGAAACCAUCAAGAGUUUACGCAAGGAGAACACGGUGGAUGUGAAAACUCUCUCCUCCUACAAGAACAAGCGUAUCAGCGCGGAGGACAAGCGACCGUCUGCCAGAGCAUUCGGUGUGAUUGGAGGAUUAAUCCUAAGUCUGCUGUGUUCCAUGAUAGUGCUAUCUGACAUUCCAAAAAUGAUAACUGACUGGAGAAAGAUACAUCGUUUAGUGAAGCCCAUUUCGAACUUGGAAAAGACCAACAACAUGUUAAUACGAACCCAUUAUGUUCCAAUCAAGUACAGCCUGGGUCGUCGGAGUUCAUUGUAGACAUUUGAGCUAUUGUAUGCUGGCUCCGAACGCAGUUUGUCUAAAAUGUUUUCAGUAUAUACAUUUUUAACGAUUAAUGAUGAAGACAUUGAACAUCUCGAUUAAUUACUAUUUCAAAGUUCCUUUAUAUAAACACUGUUAAAUUAGCGACCGAUAUUUCUUACUGUGAAUCAAUAACAUACAGGUGCUGAAAACAUGCAGUACUGUUUUCCGUACAGUAUUAUUUAUUUAUAAAAAGGAAAUAAUAUUGUGUAGGAUUAUAAUGCUAAGGGUUUUAAAGGGGUUAUAGACCAUUCAACACGACCUUGUUGUUUUAUGUGGGACUGGGUAAAGUAAAGCGAUAUGCCAUCAAGUCAUGACACCAGCCGUGAGUGUAAUACAAUCAAAAUUUCCUCAUUUUACUAAUUUUUCAAUACUUGCAAGGAUAAUCUAGAUGCAUGGUACACGUGAAAAUAUCCUUUACUAUAUUACUUUAUUAUACCCCAACAAUAUUCAAGAAGGCAAACUGAAUGCUGGUCAAUCAAACCGAUGGUUACCUCUACCACGAAAUAUAGACUGUUGAUGUCUGUUAUGGCAGGCCGAGACUAAAAUAAUUUGUAGCCCACAGUACUUUGAUAAUUCAAGUAUUUAUAAAGUGCCGCUAGCAAAGGUGCUGUACUUCAGCAGUAACCAGAAAAAUGUUGUCGUCUAUAGGAAAAACGUUGCUAUGGUAUUAUAAUGAAUAUGUAAUCUGAUCACAAUCUUGAAACCCACUCGAUUUUUGUUUUCAAUAUCAAACUUGGAGAGAUUAGCAGUAACCAGAAAAAUGUUGUCGUCAAUAGGAAAAACGUUGCUAUGGUAUUAUAAUGAAUAU